UGGACUGUCCACUCCCCUCAGGUCCCCAGCCGCGGGCGUAGGCAGAGAUGGCCAGGCCGCGCGUGCGGUUGGUGAUCACUGCAGAUGACUUUGGUUACUGCCCGCGGCGGGAUGAGGGCAUCGUAGAGGCCUUCCUGGCGGGGGCUGUGACCAGCGCGUCCCUGCUGGUCAAUGGCGCGGCGGCGGAGAGCGCGGCGGAGCUGGCCCGCAGGCACCAAAUUCCCACCGGCCUCCACGCCAACUUGUCCGAGGGCCGCCCCGUGGGCCCGGCCCGCCGCGGCACCUCAUCGCUGCUCAGCCCCGAAGGCUUCUUCCUGGGCAAGAUGGGAUUCCGCGAGGCGGUGGCGGCCGGAGACGUGGCCUUGUCCCAGGUGAGGGAAGAACUGGAGGCCCAGUUGAGCCGCUUCCAGGAAUUACUGGGCAGGAAUCCCACUCAUGUGGACGGGCACCAGCACGUGCACGUGCUCCCAGGCGUGUGCCAGGUGUUCGCUGAGGCGCUGCAGGCCCACGGGGUGCGCUUCACAAGGCUACCUCUGGAGCGAGGAAUAGGCGGCUGCACAUGGCUCGAGGCUCCUGCGCGGGCCUUCGCCUGCGCUGUGGCACACGACGCCAGUGCCGCUGUAGGUCCUUUCUCCCGCCGCGGCCUAAGGUGGACCGAUGCCUUCGUGGGCCUGAGUACCUGUGGCCGGCACAUGUCGGUUCACCGUGUGUCGGGGGCUCUGGCCCGGGCCCUGGAAGGUACACCCACAGGCCACUCCUUGACAGCGGAGCUGAUGGCCCACCCAGGCUACCCCAGUGUGCCUCCGGCUGGGGGCUGCGGUGAGGGCCCUGAUGCCUUUUCCUGCUCUUGGGAGCGGCUGCAUGAGCUGCAUGUCCUCACAGAACCCACACUGCGGGCCCGGCUUGCCCAGGAUGGCGUGCAGCUCUGCGCCCUCCAUGAUCUAGACUCCAAAAGACCAGGGGAGGGGGUCCCUGGUGAAGCCACUCUGGAAACCUUCCUGGAGCCCUCCCAACUGUGACCCUGACAACCAAGAACUAAUGUCUUGGUGCUCAGGAAGGGGCAAGGAUGGAGCUUUGGCACAGCCCCAGACCAGGUCCUUGAAUGGGUUCUGUGACUUCCCUGGGCAGAACGAUGUUACCUCUAUGCCCAUAUCCUCAUGACGCAAUAGUGGUGGCCAGAGCUUCAGCAAGCCCUCUUGGCUGCAGGCGGGUCAAGCUGUGACAUCUGGGCCUGGGGCCUGCCAAACAUUUGAUGCCCUUUAUGUUUCCAUGUAAGCAUCUUGUUUAGGUGUAGUGGGGAGAAAUUAUUGUAUUAAUAAAAUAACAUGUUUCUUGUAAA